AUGCGGCGCCCGGCUCGGGGAUUACGGCGCGCCCCCCCGACGGAUAUAUUCCCGCGGCGGCGGCGGCGGCGGCGGCGGGCGGGAGGAAUGGCGGUGGCGCGGGGCGCGGCGGGCCGCAGGGGUCCCGGGCGGCCCUGCCCCUUCUCCAUCGAGCACAUCCUCUCCGGCCUGCCCGAGAGCAGCCCCCCGGCCCGGGCCGCCCGCCCGCCGCCGCCCGCCGGCCGCCAGAGCCCCGCGGAGCCGGGGCAGCCUGGGGCGCCCGAGGCCGUGCCCUGCGCCUGCUGCUGCUGCUGCGGCCCCCGCGCGGCGCCCCGCGGGUCCCCGGAGCCGGCCGCCGGCCUGGGCGCGCGGCUGCCGUGGCCGCUGAGGCUGGGGCCCGCGGCGCCCUUGCCCUUGGCCGCACCCACCGGGGGCUCCGGGGCGCCGCCCGACGCGGGCGGCCCUGGCCCACAGCGGCGCACGCGGCGCCACCGCACCAUCUUCAGCGAGGAGCAGCUGCAGGCGCUGGAAGCGCUCUUCGUGCAAAACCAGUACCCCGACGUGGGCACGCGCGAGCGCCUGGCCGGCCGCAUUCGCUUGCGCGAGGAGCGCGUGGAGGUCUGGUUCAAGAAUCGCCGGGCCAAGUGGCGACACCAGAAGCGCGCAUCGGCGUCCGCGAGGCUCCUGCCGGGAGCCAAGAAGCCCCCGAAGGAGAGCUGCUGACGGCUGCAGAGUUACUCCUGGGCUCGGUGGCACCCUCUGGGGCCGGCUCAGGGAGAGGACAGACCUACCCUAAUAGGAGUUGGGAGAGGACGCCAGCCUCUAACCUGGUGUCUGCCCAGUUGCCUGCGUCCUGGAGCUCAACGCGGGAGCCCCUCUGCGUGUGUCCCCGCGCCCCGCGCCACCCGCCCCGCGGAAGGAGAGCACACCGAUGCUCCGUGCUCCAUGCCCCUUCCCUUCCAAGGGCGAGUGGGCAGGAGGGCCGGGGAGACUCGGGGGUGGGAUGCGGGGCACAGAGCAGAUCAACUUCCUCAACCCCCCACCACACCCCAGGAGGCACCAAGCCACCCCAGGACAGGAGCCACCCCUUGUCAACAGUGACACCCAGCGUCCUCCUCCCCACCCACUUCCUGCUGGCCUCAGUCAUCUCAGCAGGGAUGCAGCCCCCUUGACUGGCCUAGAACCCUCCAGAGGCUG